AUGGCAACAAGUAAAAAAACGAAUCCAAGCGAUGAUCUUUUCGAUUCCUGGCCCUCCCAAUUGUUCUUGAACCUUCUCGAUCCCUUUUUUCAUUGCAAUGAUGAGCACGAGAUACCCUCGGCUCCCGCUGUGGACUGGAAUGCUCAUGUCGACGGCAUGGUGGGCGAUCUGAAGACGCAGGACAUGGCGGAAGCCGAUCGUUCUACUCCUUCCAAGGAAGAGCAGACAUUCGCGAGGGCAUGGGAGGACCUCUUCAUCGAUCAUGCUGGGGACGCAGAGUCGCCCAAGGACGUCACAACGUCAACGUGGAGUCUCCUCACUGACAGCUUCGACUGCUGUACGCCAGCAGAGGGCACGCGACUACGGGAGGUGCAGCGGGAGACUGUGAUUACAUCCAAGAACAAGGAGGAUAGUGACAUCUCCCAGUACCUCUCCGACGGGUUCGGCAAUCUUGCCAACUUCCUGCCCCAGUCUUCUUCCUCUCCUACCCAGCAGUAUGGAAGUCUGCGCGUGGAGACAGAGCUGAGGGCGAGCAAGCUGAGAGGAGUGAGGACGAGGCUCCAGUCGAUGAUGUUGGAGGAGCCGUCGCCCCGGGCGAGAGGCAAGAACUUGGAGGCGAUGAAGAAAGCGAUGAAGAACUCAUGGGCAGGUGAGUGA